CGAGACCACAGCAGCGGGCACCGGAGCGGCCCAGAGCAGGGCGAGCGCCAUGAGCAGCAAAUGCGACGUGGUCGUGGUGGGGGGCGGCAUCUCAGGUAUGGCAGCAGCCAAACUUCUCCACCAGUCUGGCUUGAAUGUGGUUGUUCUGGAAGCCCGGGACCGUGUGGGAGGCAGGACCUAUACCGUCAGGAACCAAAAGGUUAAAUAUGUGGACCUUGGAGGAUCCUAUGUUGGGCCAACCCAGAAUCGUAUUUUAAGAUUAGCCAAGGAGCUAGGAUUGGAGACCUACAAAGUAAAAGAAGUAGAGCGUCUGAUACACCAUGUAAAGGGAAAAUCAUACCCCUUCAAGGGGCCAUUCCCACGUGUGUGGAAUCCAAUUGCUUAUCUAGAUCAUAAUAACCUAUGGAGGACAAUGGAUGACAUGGGACGAGAGAUUCCCAGUGAUGCUCCAUGGAAGGCACCCCUUGCAGAGGAGUGGGACCGCAUGACGAUGAAGGAGCUCCUGGACAAGAUCUGCUGGACCGAAUCUGUGAAGCAGCUUGCCACUCUCUUUGUGAACGUCUCCGUCACUGCAGAGACCCAUGAGGUCUCUGCUCUCUGGUUCCUGUGGUACGUGAAGCAGUGUGGUGGCACAACCAGGGUCAUCUCAGCAACCAAUGGAGGACAGGAGAGGAAAUUUGUGGGUGGAUCUGGUCAAGUGAGUGAGCGGAUUAUGGAUCUCCUUGGGGACAAAGUGAAGCUGGAGAGGCCUGUGACCCACAUUGACCAGACAGGAGAAAAUAUCCUUGUGGAGACUCUAAACCAUGAGAUAUAUGAGGCUAAAUAUGUGAUUAGUGCUAUUCCUCCUAUUCUGGGCAUGAAGAUUCAUUUCAAUCCCCCUCUGCCAAUGAUGAGAAACCAACUGAUCACUCGUGUGCCUUUGGGUUCAGUCAUCAAGUGUAUAGUUUAUUAUAAAGAGCCUUUCUGGAGGAAAAAGGAUUACUGUGGAACCAUGAUUAUUGAAGGAGAGGAAGCUCCAAUUGCCUACACAUUGGAUGAUACCAAUCCUGAUGGCAACUAUGCUGCCAUAAUGGGAUUUAUCCUUUCCAACAAAGCCAGAAAACUGGCACGUCUUACCAAAGAAGAAAGGUUGAAGAAACUUUGUGAGCUCUAUGCAAAAGUUCUGGGAUCUCAAGAGGCUCUGCAGCCUGUGCACUAUGAAGAGAAGAACUGGUGUGAGGAGCAGUACUCCGGGGGCUGCUACACGACCUACUUCCCCCCUGGGAUCAUGACUCAAUAUGGAAGGGUUCUCCGCCAGCCGGUGGACAGGAUUUACUUUGCAGGCACUGAAACUGCCACACACUGGAGUGGUUACAUGGAGGGGGCUGUGGAGGCCGGGGAGAGAGCAGCUCGAGAGAUCCUGCAUGCCAUGGGAAAGAUUCCAGAGGAUGAAAUAUACCAGCCGGAACCAGAGUCUGAGGAUGUGCCUGCGAGGCCCAUUGCCAUGACCUUCUUGGAGAGACAUCUGCCCUCUGUGCCAGGCCUGCUGAGACUGAUUGGAUUUACCACUGUCUGUUCAGCAACUGCUGUUUGCUACUUGGCUUACAAAAGGGGGCUACUUGUGCAGAUCUGAAGAGAGGUUCUCUGUAACCACACACUUUCUGGUAUGUGGGUUUGAGGAAGGGGUUGCAAUAAAGUUCCACAAAGACAUGGAGAAUGUGGAGUGAGGUGGUAGCAUGAAGAUAAGUUAGACUUCUGACCACAGGAAACAUAAUUAUCUCUUUCUCCAUUUUGAUCCCUAGUUAUCAUCCUUUGCCUGGCUUUUAAGGCCUAGCACCAACUCUGUCUCACCCAUUUCCAGGUUUACUGCCCCCUAAACCAUUACAGUAGUUUAAUAGGCUUGUUUAAAGCCCUUGCUCUUUACAGCACACCUUGCCCUGUGCACAACUAGCUUUUUUCCCACCUCAGUGGCUUUAUGCUUGUCCUUUCUCUUACCAGUAAUAUACUCAACUUCCCAAGUUGUCUGCAUUUAUCCUUAGAAUCCUGGAUUGUGAUAGUUGGAAGACCUUAGUGACCAUCUAAUCCAUGGCCUUUUAUUUUAGAGUUGAGCAAACUGAAGGCAAGAGAGGUGGAACUUAUUUGGCCAAGAUCCACAAUAAGCCACUGGUCUUCUGGGGACUAGAACACAGGUCCUCUGCUUUUCCCACCUCCCAGGAUGUAUUCCUCAACCUUCCUCCUCCACUUCCUGCCACAGCCACUGAUGGUGUCCUUGUGUGUGGGUUUGCUCUGCACUAAGUUGUCUUGCACUACUCAAACGCUGCUUAGUAUAUACUCUUAAGACUUGCUGUCUUGUGUGGUAUGUCUCCAGCUGAUUUUAAUUUUGGGGGGCUAAAAAUCUUGUCUGUUCUUCCUUCAUAUCUUAUGUCUUGAUACAAGGUCAGUACACAAUAAGUAAUUAAAAAUAAAGUUGAUUAACCA